CACCGCCUUGCUCUUCUUUGUUUGUGAGUGCAAGCACAUGAACCACACAAUGCGCUCGCGCCGACGGACGAAAGGGAAAGGGCACGAGGCGCCUACCACUUCUGACACUGCCACUACUGCCUCUGCCACCACUGUUGCCGCUACAGCCAAACCCAACAACAACGACAGUGACAACACCAAGAUGGACGAGCUGGGAAACCCGGGCGGAAAGCUGGUGCUGCUGCCUGCGCUGGCGCCCCUGGUGACGUACGGCACCAUCACGCUGUCGCUGGCGUUUGGCCUCCUGUGCGCUUGGCUGGAAGGAAACGCAAGUGUGGCCACGUUUGUGCUCGCCACCAUGUUUGUCUGGGGGGUCGUCUCCCUCGUCGUCACCCACAUGGUCAAGCACCCACCGUUCCGCGUGUACCAAGGGCCAACCCACGAUCUGCUCACGUCCGAAGUGCGCGGCGCGGCCCAGAUCGUCUGGGGCGGCAUCAAGACAGACCCAAAGGCCGACUUUGGCAUCGAGUACGAGGAUGUCAUCGUCCCCGUCCUGGACAUGGACACGCUCCAGCCGACCCACGCCUACCUCAGGGGCUGGUACGUUCCGCCAACCGCCCGCGAUCUCUGGCGCCCUGACAACAGCUCCAACGACGACCACGGCGACGACCACGGCGACGACCACGGCGACGACCACGGCGAAAACACGGGCAGCAGCGACAGUAGUAAGGGCGACGGUAGCAAAGGCGACGGCAGCAAACGCGGCGGCAACAGCCAAGACGACAAGGGCCAGGAUCGCACGCAGCAAGGCAGCAAGCAGCUGGCACAGGAUGUUCAUGCAGAUGGGGGCGAUGCACACCGGCGGCGUCGUGCAGCCGAGAGCACGACGGCCGUGAUCAUGGUGCACGGCGCAGGGCGCGAUCGGCGUGCGUUUCUGCGGCAUGCGCGAGACCUCCACCACAAGGGCUACACGCUGCUGCUGUGCGAUUUGCGGGAGCACGGCCUCAGCUUCGGGGAGGGGCACGGCAUCAACUACGGCCCGCGCGAGUGCGACGACGUGUGCAGCAUGGCGCACUGGCUGCGCGAGGACCAAGGCCACAAGGCAGUGGUGGUGUGCGGCACGUCAACGGGCGCGUCGGCGGGGAUUAUGGCGGCCGCACGCGUGCGCGACCCGGCGUCAAGCAUGUACAUCAACGCUGUCAUCGCCGAGAACCCGUUUGCGUCCCGCCGCGAGCUCUUUCGCGUCAUUGCCCGGCAGUACUUCCGCCUGCCCGGCUACUUGGACGUGCUGCUCCUGCCAUAUCGCCUCGCGCUCGUGGCCAUCAUGUACUUUGUUGUGUCCCUGCGCGACCCGAGCUUCCGCCGCGAGCCCGUCGACUGCGUGUACGACAUUGCGCCCCGCCCCUUGCUGCUCAUGCACAGCCGGGCAGACACGACUGUGCCCGUGUGGCACACGCAGGAGCUGUAUAUUGAAGCGCGCGACCCAAAGGGGCUGUGGAUUGUGGACAACGGCGGCCACGCUGCUCUCUACAACCACUACCCAGACGAGUGGAUGGAAAAGGUUUCGACGUUCCUGUCUCAAGUGGAGCGCGUCGUUCACUGCAUGUGAGCAUCUCAGCAGCUUGGUACCGUACCACCUCAGCGAAGAGCCAACACACACACGCACACACACACACACACACACACACACACACACACACACACACACACACACACAC